UGCACUCCGUAAGCGAUGGUUGUCUGAUAGAGUCUUGAAGACCUAAUGAAACUGGCUGGUUGAAUUGUUUGAAGCGAUUACAGAGCUCAGUAACCCCACUCGCUUUGCAUCUCUCGGACCCUUGGAAGGAAAAGAAACUGCAGCAGCACGCAGCUAACAGUUUAUAAAAAGAAGAGGACUUGCCUAAGAUAGGCUCUAUUAUUUUGCCACCCUUAAUUUUCCUUCUCUAAGCAGUUUCACGUCUGCAGUGCACAACUCUUUCCCAGACAGGACCGUUUCAUGCCGGGAGGAAGACCGACCUCCAGCUUGGACCCAACACCGGCCUCCCACACUCCUCUGGCGGGCUCAGAAGCAGCAGUUCCCGGCAUUUGCUGGGAUGUUUGAGUCGCGUUGUUUGGUGGGGUGAAGGGACCGAGAGAGUGGCCGGAGAGACCCACGGGACGGAGGCCGAGAGAGGAGAGAUGGCUCUGGUAGCGCUGUCUCUCUGGGUGCUAACGAGUCUCACCUGGGCGGACGUGGUCCAGGUGUCAGCCAACAGGCAUUCCGUUUACUGGAACAGCUCCAACAUACAUUUGCGUAGGGAGGGCUACACAAUGCAGGUAAACGUCAAUGACUACCUGGACAUCUACUGCCCUCAUUACAAUGACAGCCAGCGCAUGGUGGGCACCGGUGAACAGUACGUCCUCUACAUGGUCAGUUACCGUGGUUACAGGAACUGCGACCCCCAGAUGGGCUUCAAGAGGUGGGAGUGUAACCGGCCCCACGCCCCCCAUGCGCCCAUCAAGUUCUCUGAGAAGUUCCAGCGGUACAGCGCCUUCUCGCUGGGCUACGAGUUCCACGUUGGACAGGAGUACUACUACAUCUCCACUCCCACCCAUCAUCACGGCCGCAGCUGUCUGAGACUACGCGUGUACGUCUGCUGCUCCACGGCCUCUGACGUGGAUGAUGAGCUAGAGCCUACAGAACCAGACUACACGCUUAGACCAGGCCUAAAAAUUGAUGAUAUUGAUGAAUUUAACCCAUUUGUUCCCAAGCUGGAGAAGAGUGUCAGUGGAAGCAGCCCAUCCAGGGAUCGCCUUCUCCUCACCGUGACGAUGCUCCUUCUGGCCGCUCUGUUCAUCUCCUAGCAACGGCCAUCCCAUCAGCGUCACCAUGCCAACUAGCCUUGGGAGGGUGUACAGUAUCAGCGGGUGGGAGUGUGUGUGUGUGUGUGUGUGUGUGUGUGUGUAGGUGGGGGGUAUAGGAAGAGCAAAAGGCAAGAAGAGCAAGAGUUCUCAAGUAUCACAGUGUGCGUGUGUUUGUACAGCUGUGUGUUUGAGAGAGUGUGGUUUUGGUGGAGAUGAAGGACCUUCAGGCUCUUGUUGACACAGACUGAACCAUAUGUGGCAUUAAAGUCAGCCUGUGUAUACAGAUGCAGGUGCGGUAGACUGUGUGUGUGUGUGUGUGUGUGUGUGUGUGUGUGUGUGUGUGUGUUUGUGUGUAUGCGAGCACGCAUUGGAACAGGCCACAGGUUGAGCAUGUUGAAUCAUGCACACCACACAAAGCAUUUAUACGAUACGACAGCAGAGGCGGGGCUGAUAAAAAGCAUCAAAUCCACCCAACCAAUUAAAAAAAACAUUUGAAGACUUUCCCCUGGAUCAGAUUGGCUGAAACACUUCCUUAGGGCUAGUUGCCAUAGUUUCUUGCAACAAGAAUUGAACUGAACUCAAAUGAACUAAAUCAAAUAGAUUUCAGCAGAACUGAACUGAAAUUGCCUUUUUAUUAUCAUUGUUGUUGUUGUUGAUCUUGAUGCUGGGAUCUUGUCCCAGUCCAUGGAGAGGAAAAAAAGGAGCCAGCAGAUGAACUGUGCAGGUCCUGUGUAGGAGACUAGUCAAAGUAGCUGAUAGUUCAUAAACACACCCUCGGACUCCAGACGCCAAUGUUUUAGUUAUCAUCUCCACUCUGCUGUGUCAUCUUGUGUUCAGCAGGUCUCUAAUGAAGGCAACAGGACUGGAUGGGGUCAGAGGGGAAAACAAAGCAUUUAAAUGAUGAAUUAUUCACUUAAACAUCAAUUGGGGGGGAGGAAUUUACUGUAGAUGUGCCAUCGACACAGACGCUGCAAGGGUUUGUUGAUAUUAUAAGUUGCUGUGUUACUUUUCUGUCCUGACUAUGAAGUACCCGGUUAGUCCUCUGUCAUCUCCGAGGUUAACGAAGCACACGAUGGCUACGGGGCAGCCAUGGAUACUCUCAGCAAUACUGCCCUCUUCUCGACCGACUGUUUGGAGGAGAGUGAGAAGAGCAAGGAGGAAGGGACGAAGGCGGAAGGACAGUCACUCACACAAGCAUCUAUGAGCAGAUCCAGUCCGUGACAAUAAGAAGCUCACCACUAACCAGUGUCGGUGUAACAGCCUGCGCUACCAUUCUCAUCUCUGUAAACCAAUUUGUCAGAUGCCACAUGUAAACUCUUUUCAGUUACUGUAUGAGUGAGUGUGUGUGUGUGUGUGUGUGUGUGUGCGCGCGCUUGAGUAAGAAAAUAUAUUGUCUGGGUGUGUGUAUGUGUUUGAGAGUGAGAGACUAUUUUAAAUGGUACUAACAGCCUGAAAAUACAUCCACAUACUGUACAUCUUAUAAGUGUGAAAUUGCUAAAUAAAAACAAAAAAAAUCAAAACACAACUAAAGCAACAAGUAAUACAUACAAACCAAGUGCUUUGGUGGGGCGGUGCGGCAAUUCAAAACUCAAAAAACUGUACCAGUCGGUUGCUGCAGAAUAGCGUUUCCAUAGCAACUAGCACCUUAUUCACCAUGGUUACCCCAUCCUGCCAUUGACGGACUCUAGUAGGGCAUGGCUUACCAUAGUAGCUGAUAACAAUGAUGAAGGUGAUGAUGGUGAUGGACUGAGAGCCCACCAUUGGCCGACCAGGUCACAGAGCGGCUCACCAACCGGCGCAUGAGACAUUCAAGUACUCUUGUAAAUGUCACAACGGACAAAGAAUGGAAUUCCAAUGUCUUGAAAUUUGCCAAGGUGGAAUGUGAUGUGAGCAUUUUUACAAACUUGAAGUUUCCUUAUGGUUAUUUUUUUAAUUCUUAUUUUGUUGAGUUUGCUGUGGUGUAUUUUUGAUUAUCAUGAGGGGGACGACGGGGGUUUAAUAGCUGGGUGGGUUGAGCCAUAUGUAAACUUGGGAUGCACUAUGAGUCUAUGAAGAUCAUAUGUUGACAAAUCAUAUGUCGCUGUGGUUCCCAGACCUUUUGGCUUGUGACCCCUUUAAGGACCAGAAAACCACAUUACAGUCUAGGUCAUAAAGUUUGAAAAACAUAGGCUUUGAGGGUUGGACUAACAAAGAUGUUAAAGAGUUGCAUUGUGGGUGUGUUGGGUCCAGCGUUUUUGGUAAGUCAGAAAACGUCAGGCUGAGCUUUACCAAUUUUCUUGUAGUUCUACUAAUUCUAUGUAAGUGCGACUCAAAUCACUGGAGCAACCCCCCAAACAAUGCUGUUGUCUGUUUGGAACCUCUGCACACAGGAUGCAAAUGUCUAGUCCAGAUAAUGAUCGGUUCAACCAUGCAAUGAUUAUACUUCCUGAUCAGGUAAAAUCAACCAGUGAUUCUCAAGAAAGAUUAGAAGAAAGUUUGAAAUAAUACAGCAGAUUUUGUGUGGUAUAAUUCAUUUUUAUCUGCUUAACCAUCUCAUGACCUGUCAUAUUUGUGUUGCAACCCUUUUGGAGGGUCCAGUCCACCAGGUUGGGAACUACUGGUAGAAAUGUGUUAUAAAGAAGUAGUUUUUUUACAUCACUGUGUGCUUGUAGUUCGGGAGUAAUGUGUUUUUUUUUCCAAAGGUGUGUGUCAGUCAGAUAGAUUAUUUUCUCGUUGCAACCAACUUUGGACAGCCCUUGAGUAAACAACAAAAGCACACAUUUUUAAAUUCAUAGAAAUGUAAUGGCUCUUGUCACCCAGACAAGAGAUUAUACCUAUGGAAACAAAGAAGGAUCAUGUAGUUACGUAGCAUCACUGAGUAUGUUACAGUAUGAUACAGUGUGUGAACCAACCCAGGUGUAUAUGUGGCUCUUGGUGGGAGGGCGAGGUAAGAAGGGUUUAGGGUCCUGAUGUAGAGUGGGAGGGUUGAAGAACUGCGCGCGAGAGUAAAUCACUUUUCAAGAAGUUGCACUUAAGAACUUAGACACGAGAGCAAGUGUGUGUGCCAGUUUGUGUGCCCAUCUGAAUGUGUGUGUAUCAGGGAGUGUAAUAAUCAGAGCUCAUUUCUGUUAAUCACUUCAUGUCUGUGUGCAGGAGCUUCAGCAUGAGAUGCUGUCUGUCUUUGUGUGUACUGGUGUCAGAUCGUACAGUACGUGUGUGUGUGUGUGUGUGUGAGCGAAUGAGUGGGGGAGUGAUCGAGCAACAGUCUCUUUGUUUCUGCUCUUUCCAUGUGCGUAUGAGAAAGAGAGUGCGACCGAUUGUUUUCUGGCAAAACAAAAAAAAAGCAUUUAAUAGUGUUGGAAACAACAAUUACAAUCAUGUUUACCUUCGACUGGAAUGACUUUAAAUGAACUUGAAAAUAAACUGUAAACUGAACAAACCAUAACAGAGGUUAUAACAAU